AAUCAAUACAUUAAAAAUAAAGAGUUCACUCGAAAACGUUGGAUCGUUAAGGGUUAGUUCUUUGUAGUCGGCGAUACUAAGAUAAAUGGUUCAUCCGUGUGCAUCUUCGUCUCACUUCACAAGGACCGUUCAAACGAGAAUGUGUAACUUAUCUCGCUUACCGAUUGGAAAACUUUUUACCAUAAUGAUACAUACCGUGUGUUUGGCGUUGUUUCUAGCAUCAUCUCUGGUGGACGGAAGUAGACAGCUGACUGUUCAAGAGGUGUUGGAUCGAGUGCAUCGUCUACCGCCGGCCUUGGAAAAUGUCGUAGCACGAGUGACUAAUGAGGUGAACUUCAGGAAAUCUGAAAUGUCCAGUAAAAGGUUGAUAGUAGGUGGCGAAGAAACAAGUAUUGAAGCCUAUCCAUAUCAGGUGGCCAUUCUGUAUUCAAAUGUGCAGUUUUGCGGUGGUUCUAUAAUAUCCGAUUUGUGGGUGCUCACAGCAGCUCACUGCUUAGAUUGGAAGCCCAAGAACGCCGAUAUAUCGAUUCGUUCUGGCAGCUCCUCUCGGUCAACUGGAGGAACCAUUCAUGCUGUAUACUACUACCACAUCCAUGAGCAGUACGACCCUAACGAUUAUCCACGAGAUGUGGCAACGGUACGAGUCAAAAUCCCCUUCAGUGCAGUUACUACUAAAACCGUGCCGCUCACCAGCAGAGAAUGGAGCACAGGAUACGUUACGAUCACGGGAUGGGGUAAGGACUCUGCAGGCAAAACGCCAGACAUCUUGACGAUGGUAGCAAUCCCUGUAGUGAGUCGAACAGCAUGUAACACCUCGUGGGAUGGACUAAUAACUGACGAUAUGAUUUGCGCCGGCGAUAUAGGAAGUGAUUCGUGUGAUGGAGAUAGCGGCGGACCCGCAGUUCAAGACGGUAUCCAGUACGGCAUAGUAUCUUGGGGUGGAACAAUUUGCGGCACUGGAUUGCCCGGAGUUUACACAAACAUAGCUCACCCGGCAAUAAGAGAUUUUAUUAAACGUACAACUAUGAUGUAAACGAGCUAUAUCAAUGAUUACAUACUAAGGAACCUA